AAGUACAGGCGGAGGAAGGUUGCAGGGAAUCGAAGCAAGGAGAGGUUGAAGAUAAAGAUUGUAUAAGCAGAGGUGUGUUAUCAGCUGGAACGGCAUUGUUAAUGGCAGCUUGUUUGAAGAGAGCUGUGGUUCUGUUCUUCUUGGUUGAGCAAUGGCGGAUCUGGGUGUUCCUUGUGUUGAAUCUCAUCCUUGUAACAAUCUUCUUCACUUCCAGUCCUGCAAGUUACAGUGAAAACCAAAUCCAAGAGCCGACGAAGAAGAAGAAGAUCAGAAACAGCGAGCCUGAAAAAGUGGAAGAAGUUGAGAUCAAACAGCAGGAGAUUGGUAAAGAAGAGGAAAUUGAAGAAGAUGAAGAAGAAGAGGAAAUUGGGUUGUCGAAAGAGGAGUUGAAUGAGAGAGUUGAAUUGAAUGAGAGAGUUGAAGCUUUCAUUGUGAUGUUCAAGAAGCAAUUGAUUUCAGAUGCGAGAAAAGUGGGAAAUAGACGGACCACUGCCUAAGCUAAAAGAUGCUGAUACCUUAACCUUUGAUCAAACUGUUAGCCAUUGUGCAACAAUGAAGGAGGACAUUGAAAGACUACCGAAGCCAAAUGAAAAUGAAUCCUUUUCUUUUCCCUUCAGUCUAAGCUUUUGGGAUUGGAAUGGAGGACGAAAAUGAAAAUGAAAUGAGGAUGUUCUUUAGUUAUUUGGUGAGUUUCAAGAGGUUAAAAAAAAAAUGUAAUCUUGAAGCAUAAUUUUGAAGUAAUAAGCAAACAA